UGGGGGGGGUGGGACCCUCGCGUAUAAAAGGGCGCGCGAGGACUGGGCGUUCCACAGGCCAAGUGCUCUGCGCUCGGUGGGUGCCAGCCAGGCCAGGGCCAGCCGAGCGAGCGAGGACAGGCACCCGAGGGGGCGCGGCCGCCGGCCGGACGACACAGCGAGCGAGACUCAGGAGCAGUCCACGGCCCGACAGCCAGCCCCCGGAAAAGUCCGAUGCGUAUCUCCGCAGCGCGUCGGCAAUGGAGCGCCUGGUCGCCCGCCGCACCUUUCCCCUGUUCGCGCGCACCAGCGCUUGCCGCAGCCUCUUCGGGCCCGUGGACCACGAGGAGCUCAGCCGCGAGCUGCAGAUGCGCCUGGCCGAGCUGAGCGCCGAGGACCAGCGCCGCUGGGACUACAACUUCCAGCAGGACGUGCCGCUGCGGGGCCCCGGGCGCCUGCAGUGGACCGAGGUGGACAGCGACUCCGUGCCCGCCUUCUACCGCGAGACGGUGCAGGUGGGGCGCUGUCGCCUGCUCCUGGCGCCUCGGCCCCGCCCGGACGGCGCGGGCGAUAGCCCGCCCUCCGGGCCGCCGGCCGAUGAGUCCCUCGACGGCCUCGGGGAGGCGCCGGCGUCGCCGUCCAGCGGCCCGUCCGUAGCGCCUGCCCCGGCCCCGGCCCCGGCGCCGCAGGAGAGCUCUGAGCCGGAGGCGGUCCCGCCGCCGCGCAGCCAGGAGCCCCUGGCCGAGCCGCCGCACUCAGGGAUUUCGGGGCGCCCCGCGCCGGGCACUGCCGCCACUGCCACCAGCACCAACGCCGCCGCCGCCACUGCCGCCGCUGCCACCACUGCCGCCGCCGGAGGCGCCGCGAUCAAGAAGCUGUCCGGGCCUCUCAUCUCCGAUUUCUUCGCCAAGCGCAAGAGACCCGCGCCCGAAGCCAAGGCGUCGAACGAGGUUCCCGCGGGAUGCGCCGCGCCCGGCGCCGCUCCAGCCGUCGGCUCGGCUGAGCAAACCCCGCGCAAGCGGCUGCGAUGAGAGCCUCGCGCCCAACGAGCCCCGAAGGAGCCCGCUGGGCAGCGGACAGGAGAGGAGCGCUGGGCCUCGGCUGGGACCGUCCAUGUAGCAGCAACCGGCGGCAGCUGCCACGGAGCAGCGUUCGGUUUUGUGUUUAAAGUUUGAAAACUGUGCAAUGUAUUAAUAACGUCUUUUAUAUCUAAAUGUAUUCUGCACGAGGAGUACACUGGUCCCAAGGUGUAAAGCUUUAAGAGUCAUUUAUAUAAAAUGUUUAAUCUCUGCUGAAACUCAGUGCAAAAAAAUGAAAAAAGAAAAAAAAAAAGGAAAAAAGGAAAAAAACAUGUAUAUUUGUACAAAAAGUUUUUAAAGUUAUACUAACUUAUAUUUUCUAUUUAUGUCGAGGCGUGGGCCGCUCUGCCACGCGCUAGCUCGGU